AAUCAGUUCUUUUAUCCAGACCAACAAACACACCAUAGGAGCUUUGUGGAUUCAAAGGAUUUGCUUUCGCUUCUGAAAGAGCCGCUAUUCUUUGAUGAUUGGGUAGCGGCAAACUUCAAAGCCAUAAAUCUUUCCUCUGACUGGCUGGCGGCCCAGCAAAGCCCUUAUCAAAUUCUUGGAGGUGAUCCUGAAGCGCUCAGACCGCGAGCGGGGCGAGCAAGCGGGGCGCGGGUGGGGAGGACUCGGAGGCACGCUGGGCGGCCAUUCGUCCUCGCCUUCGGGUGUCCAUGCCUCGGCGGCGGCCGCGUCCCGCUCCACUGCGAGCGGUCUUCAAGCAGUAGCCAUGGCCGCUGUGGCCGUCCUCCGGAACGACUCACUGCAGGCCUUCCUUCAGGACCGCACCCCCAGCGCCUCCCCGGACCUGGGCAAGCAUUCGCCCCUGGCACUGCUGGCCGCCACCUGUAGCCGGAUCGGCCAGCCAGGCGCUGCGGCGGCACCCGAUUUCCUUCAGGUGCCCUAUGACCCAGCGCUGGGUUCACCCUCCAGGCUUUUCCACCCGUGGACUGCCGACAUGCCCGCGCACUCGCCAGGCGCCCUGCCGCCCCCACACCCCAGCCUGGGGCUGACGCCACAGAAAACACACCUGCAGCCGUCCUUCGGGGCAGCUCACGAGCUCCCGCUCACGCCCCCCGCGGAUCCGUCGUACCCUUACGAGUUCUCGCCCGUCAAGAUGCUGCCCUCGAGCAUGGCGGCUCUGCCUGCCAGCUGCGCGCCCGCCUACGUGCCCUACGCCGCUCAGGCCGCGUUGCCCCCGGGCUACUCCAACCUGCUGCCCCCGCCGCCACCACCGCCUCCACCGCCCACCUGCCGUCAGUUGUCCCCUGCCCCAGCCCCGGACGACCUCCCCUGGUGGAGCAUCCCGCAGUCGGGCGCGGGGCCGGGGAGUUCCGGGGUUCCUGGGACCAGCCUCUCCAGCGCCUGUGCAGGGCCUCCCCACGCUCCCCGCUUCCCUGCUUCAGCUGCGGCUGCUGCAGCGGCUGCUGCCCUGCAACGGGGCCUAGUGUUGGGCCCGUCGGACUUUGCACAGUAUCAGAGCCAGAUCGCCGCGCUGCUGCAGACCAAGGCCCCCCUGGCGGCCACGGCCAGGAGGUGCCGCCGCUGCCGCUGCCCCAACUGCCAGGCGGCUGGCGGUGCCCCCGAGGCGGAGCCGGGCAAAAAGAAGCAACACGUGUGCCACGUGCCAGGCUGCGGCAAGGUGUACGGCAAGACGUCGCACCUGAAGGCGCACCUGCGCUGGCACACGGGCGAGCGGCCCUUCGUGUGCAACUGGCUCUUCUGCGGCAAGAGCUUCACGCGCUCCGACGAGCUGCAGCGGCACCUGCGGACUCACACCGGCGAGAAGCGCUUCGCCUGUCCCGAGUGUGGCAAACGCUUCAUGCGAAGCGAUCACCUCGCCAAGCACGUGAAGACGCACCAAAAUAAGAAGCUCAAAGUCGCUGAGGCCGGGGUGAAGCGGGAGAACCCCCGGGACCUAUGAGCGCACGGGGGCACUUCCGAGGCCACUCCUGCCCAAGACAUUCUUCCCAGCACCUUUGCUGGCACGCCCGGGUACUUGCCAUCGAGGUAGCUGACAGAGGGGAAACUUUAAAAAUAAACUUUUUAUUGUCCUCUUUCCGAAGCCAAGUCCUGCCGCCCGGGCCUAGAGCGAAGGGCAGGGCAGGCAGGGCUGGAACUGGGUAGUAGGUUGAGAACCCUGAGUUACCCCAGGAGGAUUCCAAAGUCCGAGACAUCGCCGAGACAUCGCCUGCCGGGGAGACUUACAUUAGGGGAUUCUACCCAGGGCUGGCCUUGCUUGUGGGAGUCGCUGCUGGGAAACAAAACAAAACAGAAAGACCUUGGGAGAUUUAAAAACAGGGCUUAAGUUUUUGCUAGGCCCGAUUCGGACUUUGUACAGGUUAUUUAAUAAUAGCUUUGUUAAAGAGUAAUUAUAAUUAUAACGUUAAUAAAUGUUUCUGUUGUUCUCAGCUCCACGCAGAGCUACAGCAUGGUACUUUCUGUAAAGCGAUCAGCAGUUGCAGCGUGAAAAUAAAUACGUUCAUUCCAGGGUCUCCUCGGGAAGACCCCC